CUGGAGUUCCUGGCUGUCACCAGCUAUCUAAUCUCAUUGUACCGGAGUCCCAAUGAAGGUGAGCGUGGUGUCGCGUCAUUCUCUGUUUACCUGAGACACCUGUGCCCCCUGUGUUCUUAACACACACACAUUAACGUCCGCCCUCCGGCCGAGAGAGGACGAAAACCCGCCUGCUACAAGGAUGAAGAGGCUCCCAGUGCUGUCCCUGCUCCUCUGGGUAUGUGCGGUGUACUCUGUGGGUAUCUACCUGUUUGUGGGUGGAUUCUUGCUAGUGAGGCUGGAGGUGAACAGGACAAGCACCUGUAGAGACGUGCUGCAGCCCGGAGAGGAGCCGGGGGACUUCUGCGGCGUCCAGCCACGGUUCCGCCGGGCUGUUCUCCUCAUCAUCGACGCCCUGAAGAUUGACUUCGCCCGCUUUGACCCCAACAACACGGAGCCCCGACCUUAUGAGAACAAGCUGCCCGUGCUGGAGGAAACAGCCUCAACCAGGCCCUCCCAUGGCCGCCUGUACCCCUUUCGUGCUGACCCGCCUACUACCACCAUGCAGAGGAUCAAGGGCUUCACCACUGGAUCCUUGCCCACCUUUGUGGAUGUGGGUAAUAACUUUGCAUCCAGUGCCAUUUUGGAGGACAACCUCAUCCACCAGUUUGGGCAAGAAGGCAAACGAGUGGUGUUCAUGGGCGAUGACACUUGGGAGAGUCUUUUCCCUAAGAAAUUUUACCGCUCUCUGCCCUUCCCUUCUUUCAAUGUCAAGGAUCUGCACACUGUGGACAAUGGGAUCCUCCAGCACCUCUACACAACCAUGGUGGGGGAUGAUUGGGAUGUCCUGGUUGCUCAUUUCCUCGGGGUGGAUCACUGUGGCCACAGGUUUGGUCCUGAUCACCCAGCCAUGGCUGACAAGCUCACCCAGAUGGACGGAGUCAUCAGGUCUGUGAUUGACCGUCUACAGAAUGAUACCCUCUUGGUGGUCAUGGGAGAUCAUGGGAUGACCGACACUGGAGAUCAUGGUGGAGAAAGUCAGAAAGAAACCGAUGCUGCCAUCUUCCUCUACAGCCCUUCCCCUCUUUUUCCCGGACCCCCGUCGCAGCGUGAACCAGACGUGGUGCCCCAGACCGACCUGGUGCCCACCUUGGCUCUGCUGCUGGGAGUUCCCAUCCCGUACAGCAGUGUGGGGCAGGUGCUCUUGCCUUUAUUCCCUCCUCACGGGCAGAAGGAAGGUGUAGUUGGAGGUCUCAGCCAGCUGGAGGCGCUGUGGAUCAACGCAAAACAGGUCAACCGUUUUCUGGAAACAUACUCGGGCAUGGCAAAAGAUAUCCCACCAGAGAACCUCUCUCAACUGAAGCAUGAAUUCGCCCACCUCUCCUCUGAGUACCUCUCCUCAAUUAGAGAGGGUCGGCCACCCUCCCCAGAACUGGCCUCCUUGCUGCAGGCUUACCUCACCUCUGUCAGAGACACCUGUCGAGCUACCUGGGCCCGAUUCAACCCACUUAAGAUGGCAGCAGGUUUAGCUGUCUUGGCGCUGGCCUGCCUGGUGUGUUUCAUCCUGUCCGAGCUGUCAUCUGUGCUAAUCAUGGAGAGCGGUCCCGGACUGAAGGUCCCGGUUGCGGCGGCGCUAACGGGGGGCUGUUGUGUGGCUGCCUGUCAGCUGUUCACACAGGGUUACAUCGAGUUGGCGUGGUGUUUGGCAGCUGCUGCCUUGAGCUCUGAACUUCUCUUCUUAAGGAGGGCUCAUCAAUUUAGGACAUCUGUUGUGGCUAAGAACGGAACUAAAGCUCCAAAGUCUGCUAGCUGGCUGACACCAAGUCGCCUCCUCACCCCCCCUCUCUUGGUGCUCCUCCUCCGCUGUGCCUCUCUGCUCUCUGAUAGCUAUGUGAUUGCCGAGGGCCGCGUAGUCACCUUUCUCGUGUUCUCUCUGGGUCUCUAUAUUCCCUUCCAUCUGAACUGGGAUGGCCUGCUUCUUCCCCCAAGCCAUGACCCUCUGAAGCCUGCUGGACUGCUGCCCUCACCCGUCUUGUCCCCAUCAACUGUAAGAAAAGAAAGCAGCACGCUCCUAACCUGCGUAGGAUUCCUGGUCGGCAGCCUCUACCUCUCCCUUAAUUUCCACGGCUGUCGAGAAGAGCAGGGCUCCUGCCAGCCCUCGCCGUUCCUCUCUCCUCUUUCUCGGAUGCAGAACAGUCAGCUGAAGAACCUCCACUACAUCCUCUCCGUCUUCUCCCUGGCCUUGUGGACGUAUCUGUUGCGACGGUGUCUCCGCCACUACGGUAACCUCAACUCCUCAGGCGGGACAGUGUUCACGGCCCGCUUCAUCCUCCCACUGCUGUCUGUGUGCCUGGGGCUGCACUGGGCUGUGAGCGCCACUCCUGAGGACAGCUUCAGGAAUCUGGGCCAGCUGAUCAGCCUGGCCCAGCUGGCCCUCCCCAGGGCUGCCUUCUGUCUCCUGGGACUGGGGCUGUUCCUGAUCUGGCUAGACCCUCUCACUGUGUUUGUGAAGACAAGGGCCGCAGCUUUAGCCAGGGGCUCCUCUCUACCCCCACCCCGCUACCGAGCCAGCACCGGCAUAAGCCCCCAAGCGGAGCUGCACCACCUCAUCCCUCAGCUCUACCAGCGCAUGCGUCGUUCCCUGGAUGACGGAGAGCUGAGUGGGGGCGGCGAGGUUGACAGCAGGCCUGCAGUGGAGGCCUAUGGACUAGGAACAGUCUACUCUGCCCCUUUGCUCCUGUUCUGCGGCCUGCUGGGACUAGGUCUACUGCUGCUGCACCCAGAGGGCAUGGCUCUGUCUUUUCUCCUGCUGCUGCUAGAAAUGGGAGCUGUGUUGUACAUUCACGCUUCUUCCACCACCCUCAGUGGCCUGAAUGGAACAUAUCCUGGUGGCUUUAACGUGCCCUGGACUCCCGUUGUGCUGUGGUCCCUGGCUGCCACCCAGUUCUUCCAUGCCACAGGUCACCUGCCCACCUUCCCAUCCAUCCAGUGGGGUGCUGCCUUCGUGGGAUUCCCUGAUGGACACACAGGCACCGUACUGCCCGCCUCACUGGUUACCCUCAACACCUUUGCCUCACACAUCCUAUUUGCAGUGGGUUGUCCAUUGCUGCUCUUCUGGCCCCUGGUGUGUGAAGUACGUGGGAGCAAGGGAGGAAGAGCCUGUGGGGAAGAAGGAGAGGAUGCUGUAAUGGAGAUGAGACUGAGAGAAAACCCCCAGCAGUUCAGCUCUGCUCUCCUACAACUCUCAACACGCUACCUCUUUAUUCUUGGAGCACAGGUCUUUGCUUCAGUCUGUGCAGCUGCUAUCCUCAGGAGACACCUAAUGGUGUGGAAGGUUUUCGCACCCAAGUUAAUGUUCGAGGCCUCAGGGUUCCUGGUGAGCAGCAUGUUUCUGCUGAUCGGGGUCACAUUAGUGCUGAGAGUAGAUGUGGCUGUUGGCCGCUGGUUUAAGAGACUCAUCCCCGAUGCAUCCAGGUAGCAACGGUGCUGCUGCUACUGCUGCUGCUUUACCACCACAGCCCACCAGAGCUCACUGUGCCACAGAGUAAAUGGACAUGGUGGUCACUGUAAUGUUUUUUAUACAAACAUUGCCAUUCGUGUCUAACAUAUGGACUCUCACAAACAUGUCAAAUGAGGUUGCCUCGUAACUCUAUUGAGGGCUAAAGUAUACAUUAGUGAUACUGAGGCCCAUCUUUCAGCCAGAGGGACUUAAGCACGUCAAAUCUCGGACUGAGUGAACUCUGAGCACUGGACUUUUUUAUACAGUGAUUUUUGGCGAUAAGCUUGUAAACACCCUCCUACAGUUAUUGAGGUUAAAGCCUCUGAGGCCCAGAUUGUAUGUGGUUAAAGAGGAAACAACGGUUUCUGAAUGUCUCUCCCCUAAACUCCUGUUUUCUGACUUGUGGAUGAAAACUUCCAAUCUCUCCAAGCCAGACAGUCUUGCAAGUGGUUCAUAGUGCAGCAGUCAAAAAUCUUUAUACAAAAAAAAAAAAAACACAGCCACAUGCCUGUCACAGCCGCCUCAGCUUUUUAAAAAAUUGGCCUUAAAUAUGUGACGAUUUUGUAACACUUCAUUACUGAGGCUGAAAUAUACGUAUUGUAUGUGACAGAAAGGCUGAUUCUCAAGUCUUGAGUUGUUAAAAGAAACAGCAAAAAUAUCAAUUAAAGAAAUUUACCUGGUGGAACGGACAGUUAAAUUUACACCUGAGCCAUUUAGCUGACCCUUUUCCACAGUGAUUUACAAUUAGUGUACAGGUAAAAGUUCUAUCACCUGAUGUCUGGAGCUAGUGUAUUAUCAAUUCAAAAGCGGGUCUGCUCCAUUUGCUGAAAUCCAUCCAAGUGCAUUACAGCAUGUCUGUCAUCUAAGUGUCUGCUGGACAAAGUUUUUUUGUUUUGUUUUGUUUUUCUUCCAUUUUUCUAUGUUUUUCUAUUUUCAAGAUGUUGAAAUAACCAGUUGUGUCUGGUUACUGCCAAUUCAUAGAGUAUUACUGUGCAGUUAGUUUUUGUCUUUUUUUACAGUUUGGGGUACUUAAUCUGCCAUGGUCUUUUAUUUUUUUUAGGGUUUUGAUUCUUAACUCUAAUGCCUAUUUAUAAUUAAGAUUUUAUUAAUCACUGAGUUUUCUAAUCUGAAAUGAAACUUUUGUCUUAAUUAGAUCUCAUACACCUUUUCCCAGGAAUAGGUGCCUACCUUUUAACAAAUGCCUUUUAGUUGUGUAUGAUGUCAUUAAGUUAAUAUGGUCAUUAAAUCCAGGACCUCCACAAACACUGUUAGUUAAUUUAUUUCUGCAGGACGUCCGAGUCAGAUCUGUUACUGUGCCGCAGCUGUAGUCAGCAGCUGAAGCUCAUUAGCUAAUACAUGAUAUUGAAGAGAUGUUGAGCUCAGGUUGAAUUAGCUACACUAGUACUGCAUUCCUCAGGCUGCUGAACGGGAGUGAUGGGUCAUUUAGAAAGGCUGCUGUAGUGACGUCAGCCCAAGUGAUGGUUUGGCGUGGUUGUAUGAUGACAACACAUUUGUUUCUGUUUUAAAAAAUGAAGAAAAAAAAUGAAGGUUUAAUAUAUAAAUAACUAAAAUGAUUUUACAUUC